AGCCUCUGUGUAACCAGACACCCCCCAGUUCCAAUGUUGCCCAUCGACAUACCCUUGCUCUCUCUGCCACAUUCUAUAACUUGCUCUGCUGCCAACCUCAAAAGGAGCAGAACCCCAUGUUAUAACAUUGUGCCGUCACCCAUGAGUUCUGGGUGCCAAACUGACAUUUCUGUAGUUCAACUGCAACUCUCCCCAUCCUGUAUGAGCUGCAUUUAAACAAGAGCUGGAGGGCCAUAGGUUGGAUCAUUCCUGCUGAAGUCCAGAUGGAGCAGGCGAGGAGCCGAAAAGUGACGUGAUAGUGUUAUAUUUGAAUAGAGUGACCUUGUGGGACACAGCUGUCUAGGUAAAGUUUUCUCCAUCUGUUGAUUUUAUUUCCCCUUGAAGUAAUAUACAAUUUUAUAUCUGUUGCCAAAUAGAAAAUUAAUCGGAGCUUUCAGGCGGCAGUUUACAAACCCAGAAAUGUACAAGUGUUUUCCUCGGGGGAAUGGAGGCAUUAUUACGCAGUUUCUCUAAAUCCCCGGUGCAGGCUCUGAUCCUGCUGUAGGUUGACUUGCCCUUUGGUCAGAAUGUUUGCGGCUGAGUCCACUGAUGUGUAAGAGAAUAGGGGGGCUGAAUUCUCCAGCUGCAGAGAGAGAGAUAAAGGAGGGGGCUCAUAUACAUUCACGCUCCAGAGCUACUGGUGAGAUUCCUGGGAUUUUUUUCGGCUAUAAAAAAAAAGCAAGGUUGGCAGUUCAAUUGAUUUCCCUUCACUCCCCCCCCUGGUUUGAGGAAACCCCUCAUGACAAUGCAUACUGAUACAGGCUGAGCAAGAUCUCAGCAUCUCCUCGCAGCAGUCACUAUGUGUUGCAGCAAGUCACUGGCUUCUUCCCAAACGAGGAGCUGCAGUAUUUUCCUUCCUUCCAAGGAAUAAUUUCAAGCCACUUGAGCUGACAUGACAACCCUGGGCGAGUGUGCUAAGUAGGGGUCCGCAUCCUCCGACAUGCAAAGUCUCUCCACACCUGCUUUUCCCAGUGUAAAACUAAUUGGCCCCUGUGGAAAGGGGGGACCCGGCGUUUGCUGCACCACCGAUUCCCACCAGCCGAGGAUGAGACCCCUGAAUGGAGCCCAGGUAGCCAGGCGUGUGGCGUGAGGAUAGAAGACUUCCGAGGGGGUCUGCGUUGCGUGUUGCACUUCAUGAGCCGUGGUGGAGCUUGACUUGUGAAGACCUCAGAGCUGCUGCACUCAAGGAAUGUCCCCUCUUGUUAAAAAACCUGACUGCUUUACACCAAUGAUUUGCCACUGCAAAGUUGCUUGCACCAACAACACUUUGUCGUUGAUGUUCGGAUGCAAGAAAUAUCGCUAUCAAGAUGAAGACACGCCUCCUCAUGAUCACUCAUUACUUCGGCUAACUCACGAUGGGAAAGGUCCCGAACUUGUCCAUGUGUCAGAAAAGAACUUAUCGCAAAUAGAAAAUGUCCAUGGAUAUGUGAUGCAAUCGCAUAUAUCACCGCUAAAGGCCAGUCCUGCACCCAUCAUUGUAAACACGGACACUUUGGAUACAAUACCCUAUGUCAGCUACACACCGUUUCAUGAAAAUGCGAUCAAUGGAACUGAAAUUGAAUAUGAGUUUGAAGAAAUUACUUUGGAGCGGGGAAAUUCAGGCUUGGGAUUUAGUAUUGCUGGAGGUAUCGACAACCCUCAUGUUGGAGAUGACCCAGGAAUAUUCAUUACAAAGAUCAUUCCAGGGGGAGCAGCAGCAGAAGAUGGCAGACUCAGGGUGAACGACUGUAUUCUGAGAGUGAAUGAAUCGGAUGUUUCGGAAGUUUCGCACAGCCGGGCAGUUGAAGCUCUGAAGGAAGCCGGCUCCAUUGUCCGCCUCUACAUACGACGAAGGAGGCCCAUCCUAGAAACUGUUGUAGAAAUCAAACUUUUCAAAGGGCCAAAAGGUCUGGGCUUCAGCAUUGCGGGUGGAGUUGGAAAUCAGCACAUUCCUGGGGACAACAGUAUAUAUGUAACCAAAAUCAUUGAUGGUGGAGCAGCACAAAAAGAUGGCAGACUACAAGUUGGAGAUAGGCUACUAAUGGUCAACAAUUACAGCUUAGAAGAAGUUACGCAUGAGGAAGCAGUGGCCAUCCUGAAGAACACAUCUGAUGUUGUUUAUUUAAAAGUGGGAAAACCAACCACAAUAUAUAUGACAGACCCAUAUGGACCCCCAGAUAUUACCCACUCAUACUCACCACCUUUGGAAAGUCACAUUCUAAGUUCGGCCAACAAUGGGACUUUGGAAUACAAGAGCCCUCUAGCACCUAUUUCUCCGGGAAGAUAUUCCCCAAUCCCAAAGCACAUGCUUGUGGAGGAUGACUAUACCAGGUCUCCUGAACCCGUUUACAGCACUGUGAAUAAACUGGUGGAGAAGCCUUCUUCCCCGCGACAUUUCUCCCCUGUAGAAUGCGACAAAAGUUUCCACCUCACCUCUCCAUAUCCGACCUUCCAUGGAGGGCUCAUGUCUGAGUCAGAAAUUUCCAGAGAACCCCGCAAAGUAGUCCUGCACAAAGGGUCCACAGGACUUGGUUUUAACAUUGUUGGAGGAGAAGAUGGAGAAGGGAUCUUUAUCUCCUUCAUCCUCGCAGGGGGACCAGCGGAUCUGAGCGGGGAGCUCCAAAGGGGAGACCAAAUCAUUUCAGUGAAUGGCAUAGACCUUCGUGGUGCAUCCCAUGAGCAGGCCGCUGCCGCACUGAAAGGGGCAGGCCAGACAGUGACAAUUGUAGCCCAAUAUCAGCCAGAAGCGUACGCUCGAUUUGAGGCCAAAAUCCAUGAUCUACGCGAACAGAUGAUGAAUCACAGUAUGAGUUCUGGGUCCGGCUCGCUGAGAACUAACCAGAAGCGUUCCCUCUAUGUAAGAGCCAUGUUUGACUAUGAAAAGAGCAAAGACAGUGGUCUCCCUAGUCAAGGGCUCAGCUUCAGAUAUGGGGACAUUCUACAUGUGAUCAAUGCUUCUGAUGAUGAAUGGUGGCAAGCCAGAAGGGUGACUCAGGAUGGAGACAGCGAGGAGAUGGGAGUUAUACCCAGCAAAAGAAGGGUUGAAAGAAAGGAGAGAGCCCGCUUAAAGACUGUAAAAUUUAAUGCCAAGCCUGGGGUGAUUGAUUCUAGAGGGUCAUUCAAUGACAAGCGUAAAAAGAACUUCAUCUUUUCACGAAAGUUCCCUUUCUUCAAGAACAAGGAUCAGACUGAGCAAGAGACCAGUGAUCCAGAACGAGGCCAAGAAGACUGCAUUCUCUCCUAUGAACCCGUCACAAGGCAAGAAAUUAAUUAUACCAGGCCUGUAAUUAUUCUGGGUCCUAUGAAAGACCGGGUCAAUGAUGACCUGAUAUCUGAAUUUCCUGACAAGUUUGGCUCAUGCGUGCCACAUACUACAAGACCAAAGAGAGACUAUGAAAUGGAUGGCAGAGAUUACCACUUUGUUGCAUCAAGAGAACAAAUGGAAAAGGACAUUCAAGAGCACAAAUUCAUAGAGGCCGGGCAAUACAAUGAUAACUUGUAUGGGACUAGUGUACAGUCAGUAAAGUUUGUUUCAGAAAGGGGCAAGCACUGUAUCCUAGACGUAUCAGGAAACGCUAUCAAGCGACUACAAGUAGCACAACUCUACCCAAUAGCUAUUUUCAUUAAACCCAAGUCUGUAGAGUCACUAAUGGAAAUCAGUAAACGACUGACAGAGGAGCAAGCUAAGAAAACAUUUGAUCGAGCACUUAAAUUAGAGCAAGAAUUUGGGGAGUUUUUUACAGCUAUUGUUCAAGGCGACACUUUGGAGGAUAUUUAUAACUCAUGCAAGCAGGUUAUCGAGGAGCAAUCAGGGCCUUUUAUCUGGGUUCCAUCAAAGGAGAAAUUAUAACUUCACAACUAGUCAUAAAAUGGAAUUGAAGACUCAAAGAAAGCUCUAGAAUUUAACUUUUUUUUUUUUUUAGGUUUUGUAGUAUUUCUGUUCUUGCGGUCUUUACAUUUCUAAUGAAUGUACAACAACAAAAACAAAUAUUUGCCGGAGUGUGGGACUGUUAAAUUCUGAACAUAAUCAUGGAUGACCAUUGUACUGUCAUGGAGAGGGAUUGUGAUUUAGAGACUUUUCUGGGAGAAGAACAAACUCAAUUACAACUUUCUGUUUACUCAAGGAUCGGAGUCUUCAUCAGAAUGGAACAUCGACUAAGGACAAUGCAUUGGAUCAUCUGAAUUAUAUGGACCCCCUAGUCCACUUGUGCUUGUUCAGUUUGUUGAUUGCUCUAAUGAAACUAUCUAAUUCCAGACUUGCUAUACUUCUCCUCACAUGCAGCAUACAACAAUACAUGUUUUUUACAUUUAUAAGAUUUUUUUUUUUAAGAUGGCAAAUCGGACAUUAUAUUUUCAUCAGCAAGCAGACAUGUCCACCAUACCCAUUGGCUGAACAGAAAAAAAGAAAACAUGGUCAACAGAAACAUUAUCAUUUGCUAUUUGUUCUUGUUAAUUGUUUUUUAUUUUGUUUUUAGAUCAAAUUCAGUGUUGAAAUUGAAAUUGUAGAUGAAAUGCAAAAUAUUCUGUAAAUGUAUCAAUUUCUUAUAUUUUCCAUCAGUUCUACCAAAUAAGGUAUCCAGGGAAAAGAACUGACUCUCUACUAAAUUUAUUUUAUACCUCUGGCAUCGAUAACAUUUAUGGGGAAAAAAUGUUUUAUUUUGGGUUGAAUUUACUGAAAUUUUAGAUGAAGUGCAACAUAUUUUAUAAAUGUAUCAAUUUUCUGUUUUCCCAAGACAUUCUCUCCCGAAUACACCUAAAUAGCAUUUAAAAAAACAAAGAAAGAAAGAAAACUACCUUUUUAGUUUGGACCAAAUUCUAUAUUUACUGAAAUUUUAGAUGAAAUGCAACACAUUCUAUAAAUUAAUUUUUUUUUUAAUAUUCCCAUAUUUUUUUCCAACUAAGUGAUCCAAAUUUGUCUCCUAAGUUUACUGAGCAUCUCUGGCGUCAACUGCAUUUCUAAAAAAAAACAAAAAACAUAUUACUUGCAUCAAAUUCUGUAUUGUACUUGAAUUGAAGAUGAAAUUAAACAUAUCCUAUAUAUAUAUAUAUUUAAUUUUGACAUCAGUUCUGCCAAAUGAUUUAACCAGGGAGAAAAAAAAUCUCUCCUGAAUUUACUUUACAUCCCUAUCAUCGAUUGCUUUUCUUUAUUUUGGGUCAAAUUCUUAUUAUUUAAAAUACAGAAUAAAUACAUUUUAGUAGAAAUGCAAC